AUGAGUGCCAUCCUCUCCGCCGACGACCUCAACGACUUCAUAUCCCCCGGCGUCGCCUGCAUCAAGCCCAUCGAGACCCUCCCCGCCGCUCCCCCGCAGCAGCCGCCGUCCGGCAACGAAAACGAAGUCAUCCUCGACGGCCAGCAGCCCUCCGCGUCGUCGUCCGGCGCCGCAGCCUCGCCCGCGCAGAUCUCGCUCACGGACUGCCUCGCCUGCUCCGGCUGCGUCACGUCCGCCGAGGCCAUCCUCGUCAGCCUGCAGAGCCACACGGAAGUCAUUUCGACGCUCGACGCGGCCCCCGCGCUGCGCAUCGUAGGACCCGAUGCGGGCGGCAAUUUCGCCGUCGAGGGCCUGGAGAACGAGGACGCCAAGCUGUUCGUUGCCAGCGUGAGCUCUCAGACCAGGGCAAACCUGGCUGCCGCGUGCGGGCGAGGCGUGUCCGAGAGCCAGGCCGGAUAUAUGCUGGAGAACCUGCUGCGGGGUCCAGAGGGGCUCGCAAAGGCCGGCAAGUGGAACAAUUCGUUCGAGUGGGUGGUGGACAUCAAUGUGGCCCGGGAUGCGACGCUCGUGCUCGGUGCGGCCGAGGUUCUCUCCUCGCCGACCCCAGGCGUCGCAACGCCCUCACAGCCCAUCCUCGCAUCGUCAUGUCCCGGCUGGGUAUGCUAUGCGGAAAAGACGCACCCGUACGUGCUGCCGCACUUGUCCAAGGUCAAGUCGCCACAGGCCCUCAUGGGCACCAUCCUCAAAACCACGCUGAGCAAAAAGCUCGGCAUUCCUCCCAGUCGGAUAUGGCACGUGGCUGUGAUGCCUUGUUUCGACAAGAAGCUCGAGGCUAGUCGAGAGGAGCUCACGGACGAGGUAUGGGCGCGCUCAGGUUUGCCGGGCAAGGGGAUUCGAGACGUCGACUGUGUCAUCACCAGCAAAGAAGUCCUGAUGCUGGCAGAGUCAAGGGGACUGGACUUCUUCAACUUUGCAAAAUCCGCGUCCUCGGUUCCGCCCUCAAUACCAUUUCCAGAUGAGAAGAUGCACGGAUUCUUGUUCCCAAACAAGGGCUCAAGAAAUCCCCCGCGGGUAGCUGGUUCUUCUGGCGGGCUGUUGCACCACAUUCUCCAAACAAAGGCCGCCCAAACGCCCGGAUCAGAGAUCCAGGUCAUCCGCGGCCGCAACGUCGAUGUCGUCGAGUAUUUUGUCACAGUCAACGGCGAGCCUGUUUUCAAGGCCGCUCGGUACUAUGGCUUCAGAAAUAUCCAGAACCUCGUCAGGCGUCUGAAGCCGGCUCGCCCGUCCCGCAUGCCGGGCGGAAAGCCCUUUGGGAGCGCCCGCCGCUCGGCAGGCAAGGCGGCCUCCCACGACUAUAGCUAUGUUGAAGUCAUGGCCUGCCCCGGGGGCUGCACAAACGGCGGUGGUCAGAUCAAGGUCGACGACCCCGUGAUCCUGGAGCGCAAAAACAUAUCGGGGAAGCCAGGCCCCCAAGAACAAAAAGACUGGUUGGCGGAAAUCGAUGAGGCAUAUUUCUCGGGCGAGGAUUCGCUGGUCGAACAACACACCGCCGAGAAGGUAGUUGGAGGCAUUUCCCACUCGUACAUAGAUGAUACCCUGGCGUACUGGUCGGGCAUGACAGGUAUAGGGCUAGAUAGACUGGCUUUCACAAGCUUCCGUGAGGUGAUUAGCGAUGUUGGAAAGGAUACAGCCACCGAGAGAGCCGCUCAGUUGGCUGGUAAAGCUGGUGGCGGGUGGUGA